CAUCCACAGGGAUGCAAAACCGCCCGCCAGGAGAAGCUGCCUCUCAGUGUGUGUCUGGUGGCCAGUCCGUGUCCUUCGUCUGCGAGUCAGCGUCCGUGUUCUCGCGCCUCUCCGGGGCCUAAUCGCAGCGGGGCGGAACCUUCCGGAAAAGGAUGGCGAACUCGGCGCUGGAGAUCGCGGCCAUGUGCAUCAGCCUGCUGGGCCUGAUCGGCGCGGCGGCCAGCACGGGCAUGCCCAUGUGGAGGGUGACGGCCUUCAUCGGGGAGAACAUCAUCGUCAUGGAGACGCGCUGGGAGGGGCUGUGGAUGAACUGCUACAGGCAGGCCAACAUCCGCAUGCAGUGCAAGGUGUACGACUCGCUGCUGGCGCUCUCGCCCGACCUGCAGGCCGCGCGCGGGCUCAUGUGCUGCUCGCUGGCGCUGGCGGGGCUGGGCGUGCUCAUCGCCAUCGCCGGCAUGCAGUGCACCGCCUGCAUCCGCGACAACGACCGCGCCAAGCGCGCCGUCCUGGUCGCCGCCGGCAGCAUGAUCCUCCUGGCCUGCUUCUGCGUGGUCAUCCCCGUCUCCUGGACGGGCCACGUGAUCAUCCGCGACUUCUACAACCCGCUGCUGAUCGACGCGCAGCGCAGGGAGCUGGGGGAGGCGCUCUACAUCGGCUGGGUCUCCGCCGCCUUCCUCUUCGUCGGCGGCUGCAUGUUCGCCUGCUGCAACGUCUCUUCGGGGAAGGACACCGAGAGGUCCGUCUACUCCAGGAACCCCCAGUACCUGGCCUACCCCCCGCAGGUGGUGUACACCCCGCAAGGAGCAUACACCCCGCAAGGAGCGUACACCCCUCAGACUGUGUACACCCCCCAGCGCUACCCCUCCUACCACAGCUACCCGUCCAGGCAUCCGUCCAUGCGCAGCGCGAUGGCCUACCUCUGAUCGCGCGAGGGGACGUCUGUCACUCGCCAGACUCCUGCGGGAUUCCACAAAAGAGGAGGUGUGCGUUCUGACUGUGCCGUGAGUACGUUUCUGAGGAUCCGCAGCGGGACUCGUGGUGCUCCCCAAAUUUGAAUUUGGGAACACUGCACUUAAAAACUGCAGAGGGAGAGAUAGAUGGAUAGGUAGGUCAAUAGAUAGGCAGAGAGAGAGGGAGAAAGGGAGAGAAAUUUCAAAUGUGAUUCAAGAUCCCAUUGCUUAGAGGAGACCAGUAAACAGACUGAUGCACAUCCACGACCAAGAAGAAUGUGAGCUAUAGACUCUUACGUUGUUUGUUUGAAGUAUGUUUACUAAGAAAACAGGAUGAAAUAAGAUAUACUCUUGUGUAUAUAUUGUUAACACUUUCUGUUUCUCUAACUAAAAAAAGGUUGUGAAUGAUAAAUUUGAAAGUCUUUCUUAUUCAUGUGAAAUACCUAACUUUAUUUUCAUAGAAUUAGCUACAACUACUUCAUGUAAAAACUGUAGUUUACUAUUUUGUACAAUUUUAAUAGUUUUAGCAGAGGCAUACAAAUUGUUUCACUUCAGUGCCCUAAAAUGUGACGGAGUGUAGCACAGUGGGUAAGGAACUGGACUUGUAACCGAAAGGUCGCAGGUUCGAUUCCCGGGUAGGACACUGCCGUUGUACCCUUGAGCAAGGUACUUAACCGAAAAUUGUUUCAGUAUAUAUCCAGCUGUAUAAAUGGAUACAAUGUAAAAUGCUAUGUAAAAAAAAAAAGUUGUGUAAGUCGCUCUGGAUAAGAGCGUCUGCUAAAUGCCUGUAAUGUAAUGUAAUGUGAUGUAACUCCUUUGAAAAUCAUACCAAUUAUCAUAACAAAAAACAUCUGCACUCAGGAUUUUGUUGUUCAUAUAAAAAAACUGUGACAUGUACAUUGGUCUGCUUGUUGAACUUGAUACCCCGCUAAAAAAAUGACAUUUUUUGGUAUUUAAUUUGAUGUGAUGUUCCUUCUCAUGUCAUAUGUUUACAGUUGGCCAUCUUGUGCCAAUUUCAGAUGACUAUCUUGACAAGUGGUAACCCAGGGAGACAUGACUUUCACUACUGUAAGUCAGAGAAUUCUAAAGCAUACAUAUCUUUCUUGUGCACAGCUAAAUUCUCAGUGUUAAAUCAAGGCCAACGUUGUUUAUAUGAGGGAGACCAGUGGAGACCAAUUCUGACAGAGAACUUUUAACUCCAUCAGUUGAUUAUACACAAAAUUUAUUAUUGUGCAAAGGCAAAAACAGGGCUUUAAAAACCAACAGCAGUGAACUUGUAUUGGCUCACUCCCAUAUUGGCUCACUCCCAGGGCUAUAGCUGACAGUGACUUAAUAGCAGACGCUGAAGACCAUCCUGGAGCGGUUGUAUUGUGUGUGGUGUAAACAUGACACCGACACAGCUGGGCCUAAUGUAACACAGGAGAGCUAUAGGUGCAAAACUGAGACCGAGCUGUUGCUAUCCAUGGGAACAGCCCGGCGGUGACUCACAUUACCCACCGUGAGACUGACAGCACCAUUGUGUGUCCCAGAUGUCCCAGAAUGGCUGCACGGGUGUGUAUGUGUUACUAAACAGAGAAGGUCCCAGAGUUACAGGUUACCGAAGGCGUGGCUGCUGCUACUGUGUGUUUUAGCAAAGAGCUCAGUAAACAAAAAAGGACAAACAAACAGCCAAGACCAGGUUAAGGAAUUUUACAUUUACUUUGAAUAGAGGCCCUGGAAGUAAGGGUAGAUAUAAGCGAUAAUUUUCUCGACCCAAAGGGUGCCUAUUUUUUUCGAAAACAAAUUAUUUAGAUCCUGUUUUCAAAGCUAAGGACAUAUGAUAAAACAACACCAAUGAAAUGUCCCGCUCUCAGGCAUAUUUCAUGUAAUUUAGCUUCUUUAUCAGUUGAUUUUUGGUGUAAUACCACAGGGGCAACAAUUAUUAGUAUGUUUGCUUUUGGAAAGCCUGAAUUUUCUUUUUUGUAUACCAGAAUUGCAAUAUGUAAUCAUUUUUGGUUGUAAUAAUGUGUGUGGUGACUUGUACUGAAAAAUGUAACACCUUUGAUAAUUAUUUCGUACAUUAAAAAUGAACAAGCUCUCA